GUCUGAUAAAUUAAUAAAAUUCUUUUGAUUUAGUAAUCAGACAGUUGCAGAAAAUGUUUUGAAUGCGACAGAAGAAAGAAGAGAACAACAUGGUCAUCGAGCAAAGACCAAGGUACAAGAAGUAUAAGACUUCAAAUUAUAAUUCUGUGGGUCAUAAAUCCUCAGCUUUGCCACAGAACUCCAUUUCCAAGUUGAACAUGAGAAAGGGAAGUUUCCAUAUGAAUGGUAGUAAGAGGAAUACCAAAAAUCUGGAAAAUAUGAAAAUUAGAUUAUGCAAAAAGAAAUCUGUUGUACACCAGAGUUAUAACAACUAUUAUGACUCCAACAAGUCUAUAAAUUCUAUCAGCUCCAUUAAUAAUCUGAAACUUGGUCAUAAAUCUGUCUCGCUGAGUGGGAAUAUACGGACUGAUCGAUCCAAUUCUGAUGCCCUCAAUUCGACAGGAAAUACACAGCACUUCCAGACUAACAGUUUGUCAAACGACUUACCCUUCGUGCUAGAUGGACUGCAGACAGGGAGCAAGAGCAGGGCCCAAGUUUUCCAUUUUGGGUCAAGAGGAGAGAGGACUCAGCCUAAAGCAGCUUUAAACCAUACAGCUGUAUUUUUGAAUAAAACUGGUCGAUUACAAGAAGUCUGCCAACUUGAUGAAGUUCCUGAUGAAAAUGUGGACGAAAGAUCCCUUUCAAGAAUUCGUGAUAGGAUAGUCAACAGAGGAUCUAUAACCAACCGACUUCACAAGAGUUUUGAAAACUAUUGACAGCAGCCAAGGUAUAGCUUGGUGCCAAAAGCCAAUCAGUUGAAGUUAACUUCGACUAAUUUAAUCAAAGUAAACUUGGAUAGUCCAGUGAAGAGUCCUAUGCAUUCUGCUCACCGAGGAGUUGUAUCAUCGAAUUAUUUCCCUCCUCGUAAACCUAAUUCCCACAUGAUGAGCAGGUCAGGGAAUUUCACCCAACGUCUCAACCUCAGCAACGGGUCUUUUGAGAUAGAUGCCAGGUUGUCUUAUAAUAAGUUCCUCAGCCUUGUAGAGAAUAAAACGAAUUCACACAAAAAGAUGAUAAUCCAGGAUUUAAAAUUAUUCUCAGCUAAAUUCUCCCAAAAUUUGCAGAAGCAAAGUACUGAGAAGAAAGAAAAGAAGUGAAAGAAAAGAGCUGAACAGAAAGUUACCCAACAUUUUAAGGGGAAAAGAUUCGCAAGUGUGCUGUUCAUCCAGAAAGCUUUCAAGAUAUUGCUUGAAAAGAAGAGUUUAGCGAAAUCGCCAUUGCUUUCAAUCUCCCAGUUAGCCCAUUCAUCAUUCAUGAGAACAAAAUAUCUUGCAAAGGCUUAUAUUUUGGGUUGGAAAACCAGAAAAUUAUUGGGGUGUAAUGAAAUCCAGAACUAUAAGAGGAACAUUAGUGAUUUAAUUGAGUUUGCAAAGUCUCAGUCAAACCAACAAAAAUUUAUUUUAAAGGCAAAGAACGAUUACAUUGAUGCAAUUAAUAAAUCUUUGAAGAACCCAAGUUGGUGGAAGACAUACAUAAUUUCUAAGUCGUUACAAGAGAAACAGGAGAGAGUUCAGAAGAUUAGAGAGCGUAAUAAAAGACUUAAGGAGCAAAGAAUCGAUGUUUCCCCUUCAAAUUAUUCCCAAGUGAAUCAAAUCCAAUCUUGUAAAGCAGCCACAGAUGGUUUCAGCGGAAGCAUGACUAUGGCUUUUGACUUCUCCUCGGCUGCCAAAAGACAGCUUGAAGAGCCUACCAGAAAGAAAGCCAUGAAACAGACUGAAGAAAAGAAACAGAAAAAUACUAAUUUCCUCAAGAGAAGGUCCAACCUUAAGUACGACCCUGCGAAAUCUAUCAAGGAAGAAAAGAACAGAGUUGAGAAAAUAAUCAUGCAAUCCGAUCUCAACUCUGAAUGUUUUGGAGCUGAUGAGAAUGAUGCAGAUCUUUUCGCAUCAGCUACUGCUAUCAAGCUCAGUAGCAAGAUUCAGAAGGGACAAGUCAGUGUCAAAGAAAUUAUGAAUACCUCCAAAGGUUCGAUUACAAGAAGCAAACCUAUCGUUAGCGAAAAUUUCCAGAAUCUUGAUUACUUGAAAAAUGUUCCCAGAAGGAUCGACUGAUGGCUACACAAAGUUGAUGAGAAAGAAGGGAAAGAGCUGAGCACCCCUCGCUCUAGUUGAGACAAAGGAUUUCUCACACAGAGAAAUAAAAAGGAAUCUAAGAAAAAGAGAAAGGCCACUACCAAUCAAUCAAUGAACUGCAUCGAAGGAUUUGCUGAGUUCUCGAAGGAUAAGCAGAUGCUAGGAAAGACACCUGAAAAGAGUGUGAAGAUGCACAACCUUAGUAAAGAUUUCCAAACCAAGAAUAAAAUGAAUGAUUCCCAACUCAGUGGUGAAAGCAUGGGAAUAGUCAGCCUAAAUGCAUCUCAAUUGUUGGUUAAAUCAAAUUACAACGUCUAUUCACCAGAGUCAAUGAAGGAUGUGAAAUGCAGCCAAAUUAUUCAAUUCAAAAGCAAAGGAGAAUGCCUUGACUUCCUUCUAGACAAUAUUGAGUAUAAUUCUUUCAAAGGGAUCUUCACCUCGGAAGAAAAGAACAAUCUAAGGAAGGAUAAGAGAAGUUAUGAUAAACUAGCUAAUUCAAAAACUCUUAGAGAGAUAUAUAAGCUUUUAAAUAAGACAGAGAAGUCAGUCUCAAGCAAGAGGAAGAAGUCUCAAGAUGCUACUGUUGAGAAAUACAUCGCACAGCUGAAAGAGGAUUAUGCCUCUAUAUUGAUGGAGAAGUCCAAAUCUUCACAAGUUAGAGGGAAUAGGAUCUAUACAAAAGCUUCAGAAGCUUACCAAAGCAGCCCUUCGAAAGAGGAACAAGGCUGAGGCAUCAAGAGAAAGACUGAAAAAUCUGAAUAUAUGGUUGAAGCUCCAAGAAAAGUCUUGAGAAACAACAACAAAAGCUUAGAUUUCAAACAAGAGAAAGGCUACUCUAAUUAUUCAAAAAUUUAUCCUCGUCUGAGUAGAAAAGAAGAUAACACCGCUAAGCCUUCAAAACCAAAAAAGCAAAGCUCCCUUUUGCGAAAGCCAACAGAGAUCAAGAACAGGAAGAUAGUCGAUUAGAGUACUGAGAGAUAGCUAAUUUAUCAGUUUUUCCAUCUAUA